CUCACCGCGCCUGCGCGUACCCUGCAGAGCGUACUGUGGACGCGCUUCGUGCUCGUAACUCUCGAGCUCGUAGCCGAGGCCCCUACGCUAGUGUUCGCCCGCUGCUUGUCUCUCAUCUCCGUCUACAAUGGGCUUGCCCCCUUGGGAUAACCGUCCUCUUGAAGACUAAACUCGGGACGACAUGUCGUGUGAACAGCCGCAGAGCCGUCGCUGACAAACAGGGCCGGAGCCCCGACCCCCCUGAGGAGACGCCGCCAUGGCCGAGCAGACCUAUUCGUGGGCAUACUCCUUGGUGGAUUCCAGUCAAGUCUCCACGUUCCUUAUUUCAAUCCUUCUCAUAGUCUAUGGCAGCUUCAGGUCUCUUAACAUGGACUUUGAAAAUCAAGACAAAGAGAAGGACGGUAGUGGCUCUCCAGGAGCAUUCAGUGGGAACAGUACCAAUAAUAGUAUCCAGACUAUUGACUCUACUCAGGCUUUGUUCCUUCCUAUUGGAGCCUCAGUGUCUCUUCUGGUCAUGUUCUUCUUCUUUGACUCUGUUCAAGUGGUGUUCACUAUAUGCACUGCAGUUCUUGCAACAAUAGCAUUUGCAUUUCUCUUGCUCCCUAUGUGCCAGUAUUUAACCCGGCCAUGCUCUCCUCAGAAUAAGAUUUCUUUUGGCUGCUGUGGCCGAUUUACAGUGGCAGAGCUGCUAUCAUUUUCUCUUUCUGUAAUGCUAGUUCUUAUUUGGGUACUGACAGGCCACUGGCUGCUCAUGGAUGCCCUUGCAAUGGGACUGUGUGUAGCAAUGAUUGCCUUUGUCCGCCUGCCCAGCCUGAAGGUUUCCUGUCUCUUACUUUCUGGGCUGCUCAUAUAUGAUGUGUUUUGGGUCUUCUUUUCUGCUUACAUAUUUAACAGCAAUGUGAUGGUAAAGGUGGCAACACAACCUGCUGACAAUCCUUUGGAUGUCUUAUCAAGGAAGCUACAUCUUGGUCCUAAUGUUGGAAGGGAUGUACCUCGGCUAUCACUUCCUGGAAAACUAGUAUUCCCCAGUUCUACAGGCAGUCACUUUUCCAUGCUUGGGAUAGGGGACAUUGUAAUGCCAGGAUUGCUUCUCUGCUUCGUUCUGCGUUAUGACAACUACAAGAAACAGGCGACUACUGAUGCUUGUGGUGCACAAGGAACUGCCAACAUUUCUGGACGCAUGCAGAAGGUCUCCUACUUCCAUUGCACACUCAUUGGGUACUUUGUUGGACUGUUAACUGCGACUGUGGCUUCACGCAUUCACAGGGCUGCACAGCCUGCCUUGCUCUAUUUGGUUCCCUUUACUUUAUUACCGCUUCUCACCAUGGCCUAUUUAAAGGGUGACCUUCGCCGAAUGUGGUCAGAACCGUUCCACACUAAGGCCAGUAGCUCCCGCUUCCUUGAAGUAUGAUGGAAACCGGAAACUAAGCCAAGCCUGGCAGAAUUUUUAUUCAAUUUGGCUUUUUUCCCCCCUCUGGAUAAACCCAGUGUAACGGACACAGCUACAACUGUUGGACCUCAAAGGAAUACAUUUUUGUGUAUAAAAUGAUGGCAAAAAAUGAACUUUCUAGAGACUUCUACGCAGGGUCCAUUUAUCUGAAACAUGCCCUCAGCAGUGGACUAUAUUCCUGUUGGAACAUCAGAGUUGAGACUAAAAUUAUAUAUAUAAAUAUAUUAAAAAAAACUGGGAUCCAGUGGAUCCAUAUGGAUUGUAAAUCUCUGAUUCCUUCAAGGUCUGGCCUAACUGUGGCUCUAUGUAGCAUGUGACUUUAAAGGCCUCUGAGCUAUGGACUAUUUUGGCUCCGUGAAACCUGUGGGACCAGACCCCAUGAGGAGCAGUGCAGCCCUCUUUACCAGCUCUCCUUCCUGCUCUUGAUUUAUUUUUUUUUGGUCCCCCCCCCCCCCCUUUUUUUUUCUCCUCCUUUUUUUUUUUUGUUAAAUAUCUUCUGUGGUGUGAAGUGACUUUUUAGAUCUCAGCCUGUGUGUGAGUUACUCAAAGGAUAUACAUAGUCUGUCGUAUUUAAUUCCAUUUCACCUCCCAAUUCAUGUUGCAGAGGGCAAGUCUGAGGUGAUAUAUUUUCUAUGGAUAGUUUAAAUAUUCGAAGAAUAAUGCCAGGUCAGGUCAGGCCUGCUAAGUUCUGUCGCAUGUCCUGCACUUUCAUCAUUGGCUUUAUAUGACUAAUCCAUCCCAGCAAAGUGAAGCCUCGGUUCCAAUCCAGUGUAUUGUGUGCUCGUUCUGAUGUACUCAUGGGCUGUUUAGUGACUGUAUUUGGUUCUGAUCAAUGUAGUGACCUAGGGCAGAUGAAAUGUUCCACAACCUUUUUGUCUUCAUUUGUGCGCAGCCUUUUUAGCGGUUCCCUUGGACUCUUGCAUGUCAAACUUGCUGCGCUCAUCGCUCCCUCCAUAAUAAUGUUACCUUCCUGUAAAUACAUAUUUUCCUUUUUUCUA